CAAAAUGAUGCUUCAACACCCAGGCCAGGUCUCUGCCUCGGAAGUCAGUGCCUCUGCCAUCGUCCCCUGCCUGUCCCCUCCUGGGUCACUGGUGUUUGAAGAUUUUGCUAACCUGACACCCUUUGUCAAGGAAGAGCUGAGAUUUGCCAUCCAGAACAAGCACCUCUGCCACCGGAUGUCCUCUGCUCUGGAGUCGGUCACUGUCAGCAGCAGACCCCUUGAGAUGUCAGUCACCAAAGCCCAGGUAGCCCCUGAAGAAGAUGAAAGGAAAAAGAGGCGACGAGAAAGAAAUAAGAUUGCGGCCGCCAAGUGCCGAAACAAGAAGAAAGAGAAGACAGAGUGUCUGCAGAAAGAGUCAGAGAAGCUGGAGAGUGUGAAUGCUGAACUGAAGGCCCAAAUCGAGGAGCUCAAAAACGAGAAGCAGCAUUUAAUAUACAUGCUCAACCUUCAUCGGCCCACGUGUAUUGUCCGAGCUCAGAAUGGGCGGACUCCAGAAGAUGAGAGAAAUCUUUUUAUCCAACAGAUAAAAGAAGGAACAUUGCAGAGCUAAGCAGCUGUGGUUAUGGGGGCAACUGGGGACUCCUCAUUGAAUCCUCCUUGUAUAUCCAAACCCCUGCAGCCAUUGAGAUCUGACUUCCUGUGCACCUCUUGAAUCCCAGCAGCAAAGAACCAUGAGGGCAGGACAGCUCGGUGACUCUGCUGGGCCUCUCCACUCUGCCCCAGAGUGGACCUCGGACCACAGCAAGGGCAGUUUUUGCCUUAAUUCCAGGAUUUAGGCGUUAACAUAUCAGCCAUUCUUGGAUUCUCCAGAUGGCCCCUGGUUAGGGUCCUGCCCACCUAUCGUCUGGAUUCUACAAGAACCAGAACUCCCACCAUUAGGAUUCAUGCCGAAGAAGUGUCUGUAU